UGUGGGUUAGGUUAACUUUUUGUUUAGGCCCCAGUUUUUUCAUUCCAUUUUUAUUAAAUUUUGUAAUUUGCUUUUGAAAUUGUUUCAUUUAUGAACGAGGCUCCCAAAUAGCAAGUGACACAAUUUAAAAAAAUGGCAGUUUUACCACCUGACCCAGUAUUCUGCUUCAAGGAAGAUAUGGGGCAAAUCCACAGUUUGAAUUUUUGCGUUCGGGGGGAAAAUUUUGUAUCACAUGUCUUAGCUGGAACCGAAAAAGGCGGCGUUUAUUUCUGGGACUUAGAGACCAAUCGUUUACACCAUAAACAGGCUAUGGGAAAAUCCAUCCAAGCAAUACACACAUUUGACUACAAAGUUUUGACUCAAGAGAAAGAAGGCUCUGUAAAGCUAUGGUCUGUAAGAAAAAGUUCCUAUGAAGUCGAGAAAGAGACAACAUGUGGUAUAGGUUUUUGUAAAAGUAUUUUAAUAAACGAAGCACUGAUUGUACCUCAGGAAAAUAGCUGUGUAGAUGUUUUACAAGUAACUGAUUUGACCAAAAUAAAACAGCUCAAUCCAGGGAGAGAGAAUCUAGGACAAGUUAUGGCUUUGCAAGAAGUCACCAUUGGAAAUAGUUGUUGUGUUAUGGCUGCCUAUGAAACAGGUGAUGUUGUAUUAUGGGAUCUGAACACAUUCCAGCCUUGUGGGCACAUCAAACUUCAAGAACAUCUUACCUCACUAACUUUUGAUCCUUAUACCAAGCGUGCCGUGUGUGGAGCGGCGUCUAACAUGCUGCAAGUGUUCACCAUAGACUCUUCCUACCAAAUGGCAUUGAAAGCAGAAGUUUCCAUCACAAAUGAGGGAUGUAAUAUCGUUAAAUUACGACCCGACGGCAAAGUUUUAGUAUCCGGCGGAUGGGACGGGCGUCUAAGAGUUUUUUCUUGGAGGACGUUGAGGAUAUUGGCAGUCUUGGCGGAGCACAAAACCACUAUAACGGAUAUACAAUAUUCUCCUCAUCCCGUAAACUACUGGAAGUCCAAUAUCAUGGCUGCAUGCGGUGGCGAUGGAGUUAUAAGUCUGUGGAAUCUGUACAAUUGAAAGCUGUGUUAAACGUCUAAAAUAUAUUGAAAAUGUUCAGUUGGACUACUUUUCGUGCCAAAUUGUGAAAAUUUGUAAGUUUCCUAUGUGUUGCAGUUCACUUACUAUAAAAAUUUGUCGUGUAAUCAGAGAUGUUCACUAAAUCAGUACAAAUUCGAAACAAUCUUGAAAUGAAAGUCUCUAAUUUGUGGCACAAGACUGGAAUAUUUGUUUAGAAUCUUAUAUAUAGUUGUUCAAAGUUUCAGUCGUUAGGUACCUUUUAGGUUAGGUUAGGUUUUUUCUUGCUGUGAGCAUGAAAGGAGAGGAGUUACAAUAAUAUAUCAAACCGUGCAGCUUGAAUAUGCAGACAAGAAGAGUUAUAAGGAAGAAAAAGAAGGGUAUCAAUGUUAUGUACAAAUCGUACAAUCUUAAUUUGUGACCGUGAACGCAAAUAUCCGUCCCUUUGGUUUCCAGCAUGAAAGGCAGCACUAACGUAUCGAAAACUAAAAGAUCGAUUCCAGACAAAUUUUGUAAAAAUCCUUUUUGUAUAGACCUCCUCUAUUUCAGAAUCUUAGGUAUCUAAUCGACUAUAUUUACUAGAAUAUUCAUGUUAAUAGUGGUAUUAUAGUCAGUUAGUCCUCCAGUGAUUGAAUAUAGGUUUGAAAACUGUGAACAUACAGAAAUUUACAUUGUUUAGUUUCAUAUAUACUACAUUCCAUCCUUAACUUCUAUCACGGCAGGUUUUAACUCUGUAUCUUUACAUUUCCAAUCUUAUUUCCUGCUUUCCUGGCAUUCUACUCCUAAGGAAAUCGCUCGUGGAAUUUGUAUAGAAUUGUAUUCCUGACGAAAUCGUUUAUGGAAGGUCCAAAUGUAUCUCUAAUGUUUUUAAAAGAUUUGUAAUACUUAACUUCAUUAUUUUUUAUGACGAAGUCUUUGUUGUUUUUAUAUUAAGUUUCUAAUUUCUUUAACGGGGGCGGCAAACUUUUGGGUAAAUCAGGAGAUUCUUCUUCUUUAUCGUCUGUACCGGAAUCGCUGGAUUCGCUAGACUUAAUCUGACUACGAAAGAAAUCUGAUCUUACUGAGUUAUACUCUUUACCUAGCGUCUGUAUUUUUUCUAUGUCAGCGUUUUCUAAUGCAGUUUCAAAUACCGCACUAAAUUCAUCAGGUCCAUCAGUAAAAGUCUUUAGGCUAGCCGUCCUUUCUUCAUCGCUCAUCGAUCGUUGAAGGACAGCUUUUUGUGCAGACGUCUUGGUGGCGAGUGAUUUUCCUACGUUUAGGCGCCCAGCUGGGCGCCUAAACGUAGGAAAAUCACGGUUUCAUCGUACUUGUUUCCGUUGUGCACGUUGUGAUAGUCAAUUAACCCUAGACAACUAUUACAAAACUGAAAACUCUGAAUUCUGUUGCGAAAUCUGUCAUAAUGAGGAAAAACUCGCCACCAAGACGUCUGCACAAAAAGCUGUCCUUCAACGAUCGAUGAGCGAUGAAGAAAGGACGGCUAGCCUAAAGACUUUUACUGAUGGACCUGAUGAAUUUAGUGCGGUAUUUGAAACUGCAUUAGAAAACGCUGACAUAGAAAAAAUACAGACGCUAGGUAAAGAGUAUAACUCAGUAAGAUCAGAUUUCUUUCGUAGUCAGAUUAAGUCUAGCGAAUCCAGCGAUUCCGGUACAGACGAUAAAGAAGAAGAAUCUCCUGAUUUACCCAAAAGUUUGCCGCCCCCGUUAAAGAAAUUAGUGAUUCGGUAAUUAGUGCACAAAUAAGUUUCUAAUCUUAUGUUCCCCUUUGUAUUUCUUAACUUUUUGAGACUGUAGUCCUGAGGAAAUCGCUCAUGGAAGUUUUCUUGGCCUAUAUCUAGACUGUAUAGAGUUAUUCCUAAUAUAUUUAAUUUGUUCUUUAUUAUGGCAAAUUUCAUCUAGUACUUUUUAAAAUACAUGCUCUUUAUUUUUCUAAUCGUACGUUCUCGUUCGUAUUCCCAAACUUUCUUGACUUGUAAUCCUGACGAAAUCGCUUAUGAAAGAUAUAGAAGUAUCUCUAGUGCGUUGAAAAGAUUUCUAAUAUGUAUCUUCAUUAUUUCUGUAUUUUGACAAAAGUCUCUCUUGUACUUUUAAAAUAUAUUUAAAUUUUUUUUGUUUUCCGGUGUUUCUAAGCUUUUUGAUAUUAUAGUCCUGAGUGAUACUAUAGUAUAGUAUUGAGUUAUCCUCAAUAUCUCGAUUUUGUUCUUUAUUAUGAUAAAUUCCAUCUAGUAUUUUUUUAAAUUAAUCUAUUUUGCAUUUGUUACAAGCUACUUAAACUUUUUGGAAUGAGUAGUCCUAAAAAACUCGCUUAUGGAAUUUGUUUAAAAUGUAAUGGAAACAGAAGAAAACAGAAGAGAAUAUAUUCUACAUUGUUUCUUCACUUAAGUACAAUUUGUUGGCCGCCUAAUCAAUGAUUUUUUCACAGGAAAGAAUAUUUUCAUUAGUAUAACCAAUAUCGUGGCGUAUUCACACAAUAACUCAAUAUUUAUAAUUAAAAAAUGACCAGUAGUUCAAAUGUCACAACAAAUAUUUCUAUUUCCAUACAUGUUGAUCUAACUUUAACUGAGCUUAAACUAAAGUUUUUACAUUUAAAUUUAUCUGUGGUAAUUUGACUUUUAGUUAAAAAAUAAGUAUAUUACUGAUUUAUUGAAAAAUCUUUUGGAAAAUUUAUAAUUUUAAAAUAAUUUUACAUUUUUGACGCACAGAAUUUUCUGAAGUAAAAGUUUUUUGGCAUAUUUAAUGGUAUAACGUGCAUUAAUGGUUGAAUUAGGCAUAAGAUGUCAUUAUAUAGCCACACAUGCGACCCCUGUCAGUUAAAGUGCGAACUACCAAAAACAUGCGUUGCUGUUUUUAAAUAUAUAUGUCUAGUUCAUCACUUAGCGUAGUUUACCGCUAUUUAUGCUAUUUUUAUCAUGAUUUAUUUUACAAUACUCUCGUUUCCGCUUUAAUUAUAUCGAAAAUAUGCCAAUUUCAAAACAAUUUUAAAUAACUAUCGGCAAAAAUCAAAGUUCUAUAUUUUUUAGCUAAUUAAGGCAUAUAUAUCAGAUGUAUACAACAAAUAUUGUGGAACUUGUUGUCCAAUGUGCUAUCGUUGCUUGGAUGAAAUAUUGUUUAUACUGUAUUACUAUUAACUAACUAACUUUAACCUUUAAUUGUGGCAUAUUCCCAUUUAAAUAAUAAUUACUUUAAUAUGCCACAAGAAAAUAGCUUCAGAACAAUACUUAUACAGGAGUCACAGUUAUCCGGACCCAAGUUAAUAAGAUGAUUUAAGUAAAAUACAGGAAAUCAGUGGUCCUCAAACUGUUUAAAAGCAACAGUAACCCAUUUUUGAGCCUAUUUCCGGUUAAUACGUUUAAUAUUUUUUGGAAUUUCGUAUUUUGAUCUAUUUUUUGAGAAUAUUAAGAGUUUAGUUCGAUUAUUAGCCUAGAUUUUCUAGAAUUAACACUGUAUUGACAUUUUUAUAUAUAUUUUAUACGAGAUUAUUUAUCAAAAAUGGCGCGAUAUUCUCGGAAUAUUUUUUGUAACUAAAUAUUCAAUUAUUUGUCUUACUUAAGUGCAAAUACACUUUAGUAUGACGUAUUAGCUGUCUCGAAUCAACACAGUCAGUGGCUAUCAAAAUGUUAUAACGCAAAACCAAUGCGGAGAUAAUUCAGCAGCUGAUUUUUGCAUAAAUAGGUUAAUAAAUUCCUGCUAGUGCAAUUUAAGGGAAAAUGAGUAUGUAAUAUUACACAGCAUUUCAUCUGCAAGUAAUUUUAAUCGUUUUUAGACUUACACAAAUUUCUAGAAGGUCACAUUUUUAGUAGGAUGUAAAUAUUGACUUCUCUGGAGUAAAAACUUACAUCUAUUGAUUCUCUCAUGCUGAAAGGCAAAGAACCACAAAUUCUGUCAGAGUAACAAGCGUUGGAAGACGUUGAUCUCAUGACAUACAAAUAGAUGAAUGCUGCAAAGCUAUCUGGCAUCUAUACUCUGUUUUUUAACGAGGAGGAGUAAACCAAAAAGACAGAUUCACACUCAAGAAAAUUACUAGAAAAGUCACCAAAUACAUCUUCUUUUUUUGUUGAUUAUCACGGCCUUGCGGUAAUCGAGUAAUCAAUAUUGGACAACCUCACACGUCAAUUUUAACCGAACUUUGUUUAUUUAUGUUUGAAUAAUAAAAUAAUUUUUUUAAAUUCACUUCCAAUAUAUAUACAUUCCAAUAUACCUAUUACAAUAAAAAAAAGGACGUUUUUCACAUUUGGUCCCAUGUAUAUAUUAUUUAAAUAUCGGGUGAUCCAGUUUUAUAGAUCUCUUAAGUCUAUGGUAUUUAAUUAUAAUUUAGAGAAUAUUUUUAUCGGGAGUCAAUAAUGUUACAGAUCUAAGUAUGUUUUUUCUCAGAAAUUUGUCUUUUAAUAGUAGACCAUAUUCUUAUUCUGGUAUUCUAGUAGAAAAUUCAGAUACGGCUAUUAAUUUAAGCAGUAUAUAUCCGGUUUUAUUGCAGAUAUGGCUACGAAACUCAGGUAGAUUUGUAGAAAAGAUUACUAACUAACGCGUGGGACAUCAAACUCGUUUUUAAUAAAAAUUGCAGUUACGCCCUUUUGAGUUAACACGGCAGAAUAGGGGGUCUACGACUUCGAAUCUUUUUUUUUGAGAUUGUCCCAUAGAUGCUCUAUAGGAUUCAUAUCCGGACUGUGAGGUGGCCACUCUAAUAAUGGUAUAUCAACAUCAUUUAGGUAGCCAAUAACCUGUCGAGCCAGAUGAGGACGAGCGUUGUCUCAUGAAUAAAAAAUUAGGUCCAAGAAACGGAUCAAAAGGCAUUACGUGUUCGACAAUAAUGUUGUCUAAGUAAUAAUGGGCAUUCAUAUACCUCGUACGUAUGGGGACCCACUCCGUACGAGCUUCAAAACAAAUUCCCCCAAAACAUUGUAGAGCCACCUCCAAAAGGUACUGUAGGAGAGAUAUUGCAGCUGGCAAAUGUUUCUCCUCGCCUUCGCCAGACACGCUCACGACCAUCUGGAGCUUUUAGGCUUACUCUAGUCUCAUCGGAGAAAAAAACUCGUUUCCAAUCAUCGAUGGUCCAAUUUUGAUCCAAUCGCUCAUGGAAGUUUUCUUGACCUAUCUCUAGAUUGUGUAGAGUUAUCCUCAAUAUCUCGAUUUUGUUCUUUAUUAUGAUAAAUUCCAUCUAGUAUUUUUUUUAAAUUGAUCUAUUCUGCAUUUGUAAUACAAGCAAAAUCUUACAAAAUUCAAUAUCUGAACCCUGUGUUCUCUGGCAAGCAAGGGUUUUGUGGCCGGUUUCCUGUUGCUCAAUUCUGCUUCUUCUAACUGUUCGAGACGAUAUCGCGACAUUUCGAACAUAUGCUAUUUCAUUUUUUAGCAAAUUACUGGUGACUCUCUUAUCUCUGAGAGCACGUUGUCUCAAAAAACGAUCAUGAAUUUGAUAAGUGCAACGUUUUCGCCCUUGCCCUGGUCUUCGAUGGUACGACCCUGUUUCAUUAUAUCACCUCACCUUGCGACUGAUGCUGGAAUGAUGUCUUUAUAACAAAUCUGCAACGUAUCGCAAUGAAUAUUAAUCAUCUAGGAGAGUCAAUGCUCGCACUGCUUCCUCCAUUGACAAAUUUCUUUCGCGGUUCAUUCUUUCAUUUGAUUUUUAUGCAAAUGAACUUCCAAACAUGCAUGUGAUGAAAAAUAUCACAAUAAAAAGCUUGUUUCUCACAAGAACUUUGCUUUAAUCGGCACUUUUUAUGAAAAUUUUAACUCAAUUUUAGCCUAAAACGAAGUUUAAUACAAAUUAUUGUUAAAACAAGACUAUUAUUAGCUUAUAUAACAACUGUCACUGUCAAACAAGGUCCAUAGGCAACCUGUCGUACAGUAAAUUAUCAAUAAAUACAGAUUAUUGAGAAAAAUAUGAGUGGUGCGUUAAUUUUGUCUAGGGGUAUACUUUUAAACCUGUUAUUUUACCUGCAAGUUCCUCAAUCGCCACGUGAUCUAUCUAUUUAUAGUAUAUAUCUGAAAAUAUGCCUUUAUUAAUUUGUUACCAAAAUUAAAAUCUCGCUAUUCUAGUUAAACAUUGGAAGAUCUGUAUUUUUUUAGUGUAUAUAAUGUGGUCAUUCUACAUGUAAUACUAAACUCCCAUCCUUUUUGUUUUCAAAGACACUUUAACUAAAAAACCGAAAUGUCUUUCGUUUUAAAUAUUUUCUAAUAUUUUUGAGUACAUAUGACGAUUUUUGUGUUAAGACUGUACCUAUAGAGGGCCACGCUGAGAUUUGGCGACAAAAAAAACCACAAUAAUAGUUAGUUUUUAUUAUAUAAAAACGUACACCUACAUUGUUACUUAAACAGACUAUAGAAAGAAUAAAAUAAAAUAUAAAUGACUAUAGAUUAGUAAUUUUAGUUGAGAGGUCGUUGUCUUAAAAGAUAUCUAAUUUGUUUUGCGACAGAAUACUUACUUUCAAUUUAAUUUUUACAAAACCAGUGCAUUUUUAAUAAGUAUCAACAAUUUGAAUAUUUGACUUGAUUUUUCAAGACAACUGACGUAUCAAACAGACGAGUUGAUCACCUUGUAUGUACAAACACGCCCUCUACGAACAGCUUGUGAUACAAUUCUUGUGGCAUUGAUAUAUUUAAUUAAAUGUUAACCAAUUUUAAAUGUUUUACCAUUGAAAUUUUAUUUGACCUCUGCGAUUGGAAAUUGUGUACCUUCGAUGCCAUAAAAAUGAUUUUAUUUAAUUGAUGUUAUGAAAUAUAUUUUUCUAUACCU